AUGCCUCCCGGCAGUCGAUUCAAGCGAAAGCUUGAUCAGGGACCAAAAUACAAGGAAGAGCGGGAUACGAAAAAGAACCAGAGAGCAUACUGCCGUGACUGCGGAGCUUUUGAGGAACCGGAUCAUGCAUGCUAUCCGAUUUGUCGGAGAUGUAGCCUAAGGUUCAUCGCGGGAACUGGAUGUGAUCCUAUGGCCUAUUGUGGCCUCUUCCCUUGCUGUGGUUGCUGUGAACCGCAGGCCCCUUCCCCCGAGAGUCAUCUGGAGUCUCCCAUUGAUGGGGUCGAUUACCCAGUGCUGAAGAUCUUAUUUCCGGACUUGCAAGCCAUUAUGGCACAACUUUGCGACUUCCUCCUAUCGGACCGUCCUCUCGAGAUCAAACUCGACCGCCAGCCCUAUCGUGCCAUUUUUGAAGCAUUCCGCAGUCAAGACUCUUUCAUUGAAUUGGCAUACAGCACAGUGCUCCCAGAGAUCAAGGCUCUACAAGGGAAACUAGUCACAGUGGAUACUCUCCAUGCUAUCCGGCAACAACAAGUCAAGGAACUAGACAUCUGGGAUCGACCGCAUGGUGGUUACCUUGAUUUUGUUACAGAUUUACGCUCGAGAACUUACUGGCGGCCUUACAUAGGACAAGCUAGUGUGCCAAAGUUCCAAAUCUCCGCCCACCACAAAAACAUCCAAGCCGGUUACCAGGAUUCCCUCCACUACUGGAUCAUUACCAGAGGAGAACAGCGAGUAGCGAAUUUCAUCCGCUUGUGGGCAAUUCCAUUUCCACCGAAUGCUUCGGGUCUGGUGAAGGAAGUAUUCGAAACCUUUCUGGAAACAGUGAUGUGUCGGGCCUUUCACUCCCUUCCGCCAUCCACUCUAGAGGAGCUCUUUGGGCCGUGUCUGGAUGAUGAAGGCAGAUACUCGGGAAUGGGCCUUAAUGUGGUAUCCCCUUUGUACCAGGGCAAAUUAGGCAUACCGGGUCACCGUGCAAUAAUCCAGCAAUGCGAUAAUUUGCCGGAUCCGGAUAUAUGGGCGUGGUCAGCUCUUCGAAAUGUUAAUCGCAAACAACAAUCAAAGUGGUCACCAUCUGCAAGACACUCUUUCACAAAGAAGGACUACUACAACAUCCUCCGCGGGGCCAUUACCGGGAGUCUUAUUGGCAACCAUCCUUUCGAUAUCAACCAAUGUCUUCCUCCAAAUGCAGAUCUGAUUCCCUGGGGAGAAUUAGAUCCAAAGGAGCCCCAGGACACGGAAUUUUGGUUCAAGACAACGAUCAGCAAUCUUCAGGAGCAGAUGACCGUUCUCUCAACAGCUGAAGAAGACACUCCAUUGGACACCUCCACGCCAAAUGAGUUCAUUCGCACUGUGGGGACUUCAGAUGUUCCCAUUGGCAUCGUGUUUGGAUGCGUACCUUCACAUGAAUACACGGCUUAUGAUGGAUCCGGGUCACCGGCUCUUCAUCAUCUACCCUGGGGGCUCAAAGAAAGCGGGUUUGAUGAGUCUAACUCGUUGAUUUGGUCAUAA